ACACGCGCUGUGUUUAGAGUUUCAAACGAGCUGCAGGAAGUAGCGCGUGAGGACGGUCCUUGUGUUGUGUGUGUGUGUGUGUGUGUGUGUGCGUGUCACUCACCGCUCACCGUGUCCGGGGACCGAAGAGACGAUGAUGAUGAUGAUGAGGUAGGAGCGACAGAGUGGCCGGACUCCGUUUCUCCCUCAGAUACGUUUUUUUCUUCAAAGUAGGAUGAGAGGAGUCGCGCUGAGCCUUAGGAGCUCUGGAGGAUCUCUGAAGGGAACAUUCACACUUUACACCGAGGAGGAGGAAAUGUCCACAAGUCCGAGUCCCACCGUGACCGUCCCCUCCUCACAGCUGAGCUCGGAGCAGCUCACUGUGCUCGCUGCCUCCUUUUCCUCUCUGAUCCUCUUCGUGGUCAUCGUGGUGCUGCUGUCCAUCAUGUACCGCAAAGACCCUCAGUGCUGCAGGAUGCGCUCCUGUCGGGGGCCGCGUGCAGAUAUGGACGCUCCUCCUCAGUACUACAGCAGCAGGCAGACUCUGGUGGGCUCGGCGUGUCUGGAGCAGAGUCACAUCGUCGACGACAACGACAGUCAGCAGGUGGGUCAGCUGUUCUUUGUCGGUCUACCCUCCAGCUACUCUCUGCCCGCUCUAGACGCCCCCCUCCCGAGGCUCCCGUCCUACGAGAGCGUCCGAAAGAAGGACCGCCAGAGGCAGAUCCACAUGAUGAUCGCAGACCGCUUCGGCCUCAAUGGACCCAUUGUGAGCGAGCCUCCUCCGACAUACGAGGAGAGCCUCCGCCAGUCUGUGGAGCUGCCGUACGACAUCCUCUCCUCUGCUCCGGACCUCCCACCUCCUCACAGUUUCUACACCAACCCCGGGCUUGAUGCACCUCAUCAGGUCGGCAGCGACACUCUACCCAUGUGACCCUCAUCAGGGUCUCAUCAGGCUGAAUGUGGACGAUGACCGGAGCCUUCAGAGGAGUCAGAUACCUCAUGACGUAAAAGAGUUUAAUGUUGAGAGACUGAUGAUUGUAGAGAAACCAAAGAGGAGCAGCAGACCGGACACAUGUGAAUGUUUGAAACUCUUUAUAUCAGCUGCUGUUCUUUACACAGAGGGUGACUAAUGAGGAGAAUCACUGAACUUUGACUGAGGUGGCUGGAACAUCUCCAUAAAGUCAGGACUAACACAAACCAAAACGAAAACUCCUCCUUAUAAUGUGAUUUUAAUCUGUCAGUGAUCACUUGUUUUUUUUUUACUGUUUUUAAGGCUCACAUGAGAUUAGAGUCUUUUUGUUCUGAUAUUAUUGUUGAUGUCGACCUGUCAUAGAAAUGUUUGUAACAGUGUAAAUAUUUUAGAUAGGACCGAUUUGAGAGGCAUGCUUCUCACACACACAGGCCUGAAAGACACACAUGCCUGCAGGACGCAUCAAUGGAGGGAUGUCAGCGUGCGGCUGCUACACAGGGAGAACGCCACAGCUGUUUGAGGUGUUGGUGCCUUGUUCAAGGUUGCACUCUGGAUGUGACCUGGCACCUCUCCAGCCACCAGACCUGAAUAAUAGUGCAAAAAAAAAAAAGACAAUGCAAUGGUUGAUUAAGAAAUGGUGACAUUAUGUAGUUUGUCCAGCAGAGGGCGCUCUGAAUCUGUGCGGAGCGUCACAGCUGAGCUAACAGGUCUGCAAAUAAAUACGUUUACAAUGUGUGAUGUUUUUAAAAGAAUGUAAUUAAUGUUCUUUUGUUAUGUUGCUGUAUCGGCCUCGAACAUCCCAUAAAGGUCUGUCUCUACUGUU